ACAUACUCUAUCUUUCUGUUUUAUUUCUUUACCUUUAUCCCUCCUCUUCCUCCACACCAUUGCUUGUUCUUUCAGUUUCCUAGAAUAUGGCAAGACGGAUUUGCUCCGUUUGGAGGCCACCAUCAUAAAUCCUCUCGGGUCAAUCGUCGCAUUCGGCUUCUCCAACCUCCCCCUUUCUCUCCUCCAUGGCCACCACUGUAUCCUCUGUAUACCAUCAGCUCUCCUCCCCCUCCCUCCUCCUCCUCCUCCUCCUCCUCCUCCUCUCCAUCAUCGCUUUCGCCGCACUCCGGCGACUGAAUCGCAAAAGCGCCACCGACGCCCUCCCGCCGGGAACUCUUGGCCUCCCCUUCGUCGGCGAGACUCUGCAUCUCAUCACGGCUUACCGAACCGAAGACCCCGAACCCUUCGUCGACGAUCGCCUUCAUCGCCACGGCGGAAGGGAAAAAAGAAGGACAUGGUGGAUGAGCUGCUCGAUGCGGACGAUCGAUUCACGGAAGAGGAAAUAGUUGAUUUCCUUCUUUCCUUAUUUGUAGCCGGCCAUGAGACCACGCCGACGAUCAUGACUCUCGCCGCCAAAUUUCUAGCUGAGAAUCCCUCCACCUUCGUCCUCCUCAAGGAAGAGCACGAUGAGAUACGGAGGAAGAAGAUGGGCGAUUUCGAAGCAUUGGAUUGGAACGAUUACAAGUCGAUGCCUUUCACACAAUGCGUCAUCAACGAGACUCUCCGCGUCGCCAAUAUAAUCGGCGGCGUGUUUCGCCGCGCCGUCGCCGAUGUUCAUUUCAAAGGAUUCACGAUUCCGAAGGGAUGCAAGGUGUUUGCUUCAUUCAGAGCAGUGCACCUUGACAGAGAUUACUACGAAGAAGCCCGGACCUUCAACCCAUGGAGAUGGCUGACCCACAACAACAAUGUCAGCAAAGAUGGAGGCCAGCAAGCUGGUGGAUCUCCCAUCUUCACUCCAUUUGGGGGUGGCCAGCGGCUCUGCCCCGGCUACGAGCUCGGCCGUGUCGAAAUCUCUGUCUUCCUCCACUACCUUGUAACUUGCUUCAGGUAA